ACGCUGGUUUCAUUUGUUGAAACAUAAUUCUUUUUUAAUAGAUUUUUUUAAUUAACACGAGUCCUGUUUUGGGACAAAGGGUGUAAAAUAUUGGUAGACGUCUCGUGUGAUGAUAUUAUCCUCCACAUUUUUGUCAUCCACAUUUUUGUCAAAUUUAGACAUUCAAAAUUUGACAUGUAAGAUGGAGGUACUAUGCUUUCUAGGGAGGGUGUACAGAUCUGGCCCACAUGAAUUAAUCUUGUGCCCCAUUUAACCGAAUGUGAGGUUAAGAAAAGCCUAUAAACCACAGCCUGUCAUCUGAGGCAUUUACGCUUCAAUUAAUAUGUAAAUAAUAUUAAAUGACUAAAAAAUCAUGUGGAUAUGGGAUAAUUGUGCUGACCCCUUUAUUCUCUCUCAUUACCUUCAAUUGUAUUGUCAUUGGUUAGUUAAUAAAUCAAUAACUAUACUUCAUAAUGUGUUCUUGGGGCAGUUUGAAUGCUCCUGCUGGUGGCUAUUAUGUGAUCAAAAUAUCUUUUGUGGUUAGCCCUCUUAUUAAUUCUCUUUAUUUCAACUAUACUCGCGGGUAGUUUCAUGUUUGCUAUUUCUUGCCUCAUCUCAAUUCAAAAUUCCUAACCCAUCUAGUUAUCACUUCUUUCACGUUAUGGCAAAUUUGUUUCACUUUGUUAGACCUUUGAUAAUGAUAUUUUUUUCACUUCCUCCGCAUCUUACUUUCUAUGAAGUUUUUGGGUAGUAAAUGCAGCAAUGCCUCAAGGAACUGCGUAGAUCCGGACCCCAACAGAGUUCGAAUUAUACUUAGUUGUUGUCAUUGUUUCUUAAAUAUAAAUAACAUAUGAUCAUUAAACUUGUUACUGAAUUCUUUAUUCGAAUGAUGAAGAUUGUCAGCCGAGUAGAUUGGGUUGCUUUCACAUUCAAAUAUCUUGUCCAGGUGUACUCCCUCCAUGCCUGGAAGGGAGGUUUUUGUAGAGCUGCAGGGAGAUAAACUCAUAGAACACGAAAGUGGGGAUGCAUCUGACUGCUCAAACUUUGUAGACUUAGACUGGCUUUCUUCAUCUGGGAAUUCUUAUGAUGAAGAACUAUUAGAAAGAUCAAUGUACACAGCCUCUCCUAUUGCUGGUGCAUCAUCAGAUAAUGUUGCCAAUGUUAUUGUCGGAGACAUGCCCAGUGAAGGUGAACAUAGUACGAAGGGAAAGAUGUGUUAUGGUGACGGAGUUGGAGUUGAUUACAAGGAUGCCCACACUCAUAAAGUUCUAGAGGAAUUUUCAGACAGUUUUGUGGGUUGGGUUACAUAUGGAGAAACACUCUGUCAUUGAUCUAAAUGUGCAGUGGAGAGGGGAGGAUGAACGUCACCGAGCUUUAUACAGGGCACUGACAAAGCCAAUUUGAUUUUUUUAAAAUAUAUAUUUCAAAAAAAAAAACUAUUCUUUCAGGAGGGCAAGUGCUGCUGCUUUCCUAACUUGUUUUCUUUUGUGCGAUGUUGUUGUAAAUGAAUAUGCAAGCAAAAU